AUGUCACUGUAUUUGUUUGUUAUGUGCAUGGAGAAACUGUCUCACUUAAUAAUGGAUGUGGUGCAGGAGAAAAAGUGGAAAGCCAUUAAGAUGGGGAGGAACGGUCAGUGGAUAUCGCAUUUAACGUUUGUGCAUAAUUUUUUUAUCAUGGGAGAAGCCACUGAAAUUCAAAUGCAAUGUGUAGUUGAAGUUUUGCAGAAUUUUGGUACCAUGUCAGGGAAAGAAGUUAGUGAGGAAAAAACUUGCAUUUUGUUCUCCAAAAAGGUUCCUAGAAGAGUCAGAGAAAAGCUAUUGCAAAUGUUGAAGUUUCGAGAAAUGAAAGACAUUGGUAAAUACUUAGGAGUUCCUCUUAAAGGGGGACCUCUAAAGAAAGAUGACUACAGGUACAUGUUGAUCAAAUCGCAGGGAAAAGUGUUAUUGAGGCAAUUCCCAUUUAUCCUAUGA